UGUACCGGAUCCCACCAGGGAAGCGUCUAGCUCCUCGAACGUUUCGGAGUUGUUCGUUCGCUCGGAUCUCUCUCUUUUCUCUCCAUCAAUCUUUCGAAAAACGCUCCUCGUGAUUUUUAGAGGCUGUGUUUAACUAUAAUUAAGAGAUAUAAAAUUCAUAUAAUCGGGUAACGCAUAGAAAGAGAGAGAGAAAAAGAGAGAGCAAACGUGAGAGCGGUUAUAGUGUCCUUCUCCGAGAUUCGAGAUAUCGUCUUUUCUUCCUCGUAUCCCAUAGUAGUAGUUUGAAACGAAUCGUCACGCAUAGUAUUACUAUAGUUUCAGCGGUGCGGAUCAGUGAUCAGUUCAACGCAACGCUGUUUAUAUCUUAUCGGAAGAUCUAGGAACGAAUCUACAUAAAAAUAUUUCUUCGUUCAAAGUAAUCGACGUUUCGUUUACUCUUCCUAUUAGCUUAUCCGGUUCGCGUUUAUUACAUUUGCUUGUUUGGUUCUUGCUAAUUAUAUCGAUUCGAGAAGUGAUACGAGCAUACAUAUAUAGAAAUACACGCACAUCUCAGUGAAACAAGUGAAGAAGAGGUGCGUAAAAAGAGUUUUGGAAAUCUACGGGGGAGAAACGUCUAUGUGCGCGCCCAGAGACACAGAGAGCUACCCUGGCACUUAGCGGACGACGCGGGGUGGUUUCACCAAACUAGUGCUUGCGAGAGAAUUAAACUCCAGGGUGGCGGGCUUCGUCAGUAGGAAGCGGCAAGUGUCGCGGAGCAGUAGCUAGUGAGAAGGAGAGAAACAACGAAGACGAAGAAGACGAAGACGCCGGGGAGUAAGUGUCGAAGGGUGGCGGCGGAAGUGACGGGCAGGAGGUGGUGGCGGAGGAGGGUGGUGGUGACCGUGGAAAAGACGACUCCUGCGACGUGAGUCGCGAGCCGUGAUUGGUGGUGAUAGUGACCACGAAAAGAGUAGAGUAACGGUUUUCUGGUCGACGAGGAAAAGAACAGAAGCUUGGUGGUGGCGUUUGUGAAGGCAACCUGUGGCAAGAUGGGCUGCGCCAUGUCCGCGGAAGAGCGGGCCGCACUGGCCCGUAGCAAACAGAUCGAGAAAAAUCUCAAGGAAGAUGGUAUUCAAGCCGCCAAGGACAUCAAGUUGCUAUUACUUGGUGCCGGCGAAUCUGGAAAAAGUACCAUCGUUAAACAAAUGAAAAUUAUUCAUGAAAGCGGAUUUACACCUGAGGACUUUAAGCAGUAUAGGCCCGUAGUGUAUAGCAACACGAUACAAUCUUUAGUCGCUAUUCUCAGAGCGAUGCCAAAUUUGGACAUCAACUUUUCGACCAAUGAGCGAGAGCCAGACGCAAAAAUGGUGUUUGAUGUAAUCCAAAGAAUGGAAGAUACGGAGCCAUUUAGUGAGGAACUUUUGGCUGCAAUGAAUAGACUCUGGGCUGAUAGCGGAGUCCAACAAUGUUUUGGCAGGAGCAACGAGUAUCAACUCAACGAUUCGGCAAAAUAUUUUCUGGAUGAUUUAGACCGAUUAGGAGCAAGGGAUUAUCAACCUACAGAACAAGAUAUUUUAAGAACUCGUGUCAAAACAACGGGCAUAGUGGAAGUCCACUUUUCCUUCAAGAAUCUUAAUUUCAAAAUGAAUCGAAUGCAAGAAAGUUUGAAACUAUUCGACUCAAUUUGUAAUAACAAAUGGUUCACUGAUACCUCAAUUAUCUUAUUCCUGAAUAAGAAGGAUCUUUUUGAAGAGAAAAUUCGCAAGUCUCCACUCACCAUUUGUUUCCCCGAAUAUGCUGGGGCGCAAGAAUAUGGUGAAGCAGCCGCGUAUAUUCAGGCGCAAUUCGAGGCGAGGAACAAAUCAACCACUAAGGAGAUCUACUGCCAUAUGACUUGCGCUACUGAUACAACCAACAUUCAAUUCGUGUUCGAUGCAGUCACAGAUGUCAUUAUCGCCAAUAAUCUUCGUGGUUGUGGUCUCUAUUAGAAUAAAUAUUCCUGUCGCGAAGCCGAUCGACCGACACACACACACAUGGUUGAACUCACACUCAUACCCGUAUACACAUGUUGUAUUACAAGAACGAGAGAGCGCGUGAGAAUGAAAGACUACGAUAAUGUCACUACUGAGAGAAAGAUUGAAUGAUAGAGUGGGAGAGAAUGGUUGAAAGAACGGGAAAGAAAGAGAUACAUCUAUGUACCAUCACUACUAUUACCGACCACCUGCGGAUACCUUCUCAAUUUUUAUUACCAAACACCUUUUUAUGCCAGUCCUUUCAACGUUUUUCCUUAUCGUAUUAAGCGAUUCAAUGCGAUUCCAAUAUUUAUAUAUAAUAUGCUAUUUAUAAGUUGAUAUGAAGAGAAAGCUAAGAAUUCCUUCUUGAACAAGAUUUACAAGAUUGUUAAAUGAUAUUGCUAAAAUAUAGCUGUGGAAAGUUGUUAGUACAAUAAUAUCUCUUAAAAAAAGUAAUAUUGUUCAUUGUGCUUUGUGAUAUACAAAAGUGAAUGUGUUUCAGAGAGAAAGUUUGAAAUAUGAGCAAUGAGAAAAAUGAUAUUUCUUUAUUACAAAAAUUUAUUUUACAGAUUGGAUUUUGUAUUUUAAAAAAAGUAAAAAAAUUUCGC